AGGAGGGACUCCAUCAUUUAAAGAAGUUAGAAGUUCCUGGUUUGUCAGUGAAGAAGUCAGAGAGGCAGCAGUAAACCAUCAGAGCCUCAACAUGAAAGUCCGUCACACUUUGAUCUGCUUCUUCUUCCUCUCUCUGCAGGAUGGAAACACUGGUCUCACCAAUGACCAAAUCCCAUCUGUCUAUACAGGAACUGAAGGAGGAGAUAUCAGAGUUAGAUGCGCCUUUUCUUCACCUGGAAGCUCGAUGUUCUUUUGCAAGAGAGAAUGUAAACGAGAGGACAUCCUCAUUCACACAACUGGUGUCAGAGAUCAGAGAGGCAGAUACAGCAUCACAUAUGACAGAGCAGGAAAUGUUUUCGUGAGCAUCACACAGCUGACCAAGUCUGACUCAGGACUGUACAGAUGUGGUCUGGGUGGAUCAAACAUCAGGUUUGAAAUCAUUGUUGUAGAUGCUCACGUAGUUCCCACUUCAAAACCAAAAUUCACUCUACUGGUCUUUUCAACAUCAGACCCAUCAGCCUCCACACCAACACAGAUUUCUCAGACUGACCAGCAGCAGACUGGGACAGCAUCACCUCGAGCUCAUGUAGUUCCCACUUCAAAACCAAAAUUCACUCUACCGGUCUUUUCAACAUCAGACCCAUCAGCCUCCACACCAACACAGAUUUCUCAGACUGACCAGCAGCAGACUGGGACAGCAUCACCUCGAGCUUUGACCUCCUCCACCGCUGUGUUGCUGUAUGUAGUUCCUAUAAUAGUCAUCCUCUCAGAGCUGACACUGAUGAUAAUCUGUAUUCAGAGGAACACCAAACCUAAAGGUUUGCAGACCAGAGGAAAUUCAGAUGGCACAAACAUGGAGAUCGCCCUCUAUGAGAACUGUCCUCCAGCUUCUACAUCUGAAUCCACCUACGAGAGCCUCGAUCCAGCCAGCAGGGAUCAGAACCAGACCUACUCUACACUCACACACACACACACAACACAAAUGAUGCUGUUUGUGUCUCACUGAGCACUGCAACUCUGCCAUGUACUCAGGUAUUCAGGUAGAUUAACGCUUUCUCACCAAGAAGCAGUCCACAUGAUCUUUAGCAGGUUUUAAAACUGAAAAAAGCACUUAGUCCUACACGUUAGUGGUGGAACUUAAAAAAUUAGACCUUCCCUGACUGUCUUGGUUUCGCUAUAACAGCCUGUGGACAGAUGUAAAGGGCUCAGGAUUGCUUUUCUGCCAAAAUCCAAAGGAUGAGAUGUUUAUACGCUCCCGGUGCCUUCUUUUCUGCUCCCCUACAGAAACAAAUAUGUGAAACAUUAGUUUAGAAACAGAAUUUGCAAACGUCAGCAAUACAAAGUUCAAAGCCAAAACUAACAUUCCUGCAAAGCAGAAAAACAUUAUGGGUUUUGGUGGCUGACAUUAGCAAAUGUUAGCUUGCUUGCUAACGUGGACAAAUUGCUGUCCAAAGAAGCCAAAAAGCCAGCUGAUUGAUCCAGACUCCCAGGGCUGAUCUGGCUGGUGGAUUGACUGGCUUGCUGUUUGCAGGUUACUUUGGUGGCUGGCGGCGUGAGUGGGCCAUGCCAGUGUUUUAUGACUAUAUAUUUAUUAUAUUAAUUAUUUACCACGUAAUAUC